UUUUCUCCAACCAUUUAAAAAAGGCACCAGUACAGGAUGAAAAGCAUCGAAGAAUUACCUGAGCCUCAAGAACGAGUGAAUGAAACCUUGUUGAUCUCUGUUGUCAAAGGAAAAAGGACUUUUGUGAGGCCACUUGCACGGUCCCCCAUUGUACCCAGUGAAAACUUUAGGCCCCUAGCACUAUGCCACCACAGCUGCACUCCCAGAACCAGUCAUGCCCCCGGGUCCUCCAGGGUGAUUUGGGCUCUCUGAGUCCUUCUCUCAGAGAGUUCAUUGAGAGCAGUAUGAGUCUGUGCCAGCCAGAUGCCCUGCACAUUUGCGAUGGCUCAGAGGAGGAGAACAAUGCCAUUUUGGGCCAUUUGCAGGAGCAGGGCGUGAUCGAGAAGCUGACAAAAUAUGAGAACUGCUGGCUGGCACGUACUGAUCCUCGUGACGUAGCUCGAGUGGAGAGCAGGACUGUGAUUGUUACUCAGGAACAGCGCGACACUGUUCCCUCACCCCGCGGAGGUGGUAUCAGCCAGCUUGGAAGAUGGAUGUCCCAGGAGGAGUGGGACAAAGCCAUGAAUGAAAGAUUCCCUGGCUGCAUGAAAGGUCGUACCAUGUAUGUGAUCCCCUUCAGCAUGGGUCCAGUGGGCUCUCCUCUAUCCAAAAUUGGAGUAGAACUGACAGACUCUCCUUAUGUGGUAGUCAGUAUGAGGGUGAUGACCCGAAUGGGAAAAGCUGUAUUGAAUGCACUAGGAAAUGGAGAUUUUGUCCGCUGCUUGCACUCUGUUGGUUGCCCCCUACCUCUUAAAAAACCACUUAUGAACAACUGGCCAUGUAAUCCUGACCUAACUCUGAUUGCUCAUAUCCCUGACCAAAGGAAGAUUAUGUCAUUUGGGAGUGGAUAUGGUGGAAACUCACUACUUGGGAAGAAGUGUUUUGCCCUCCGUAUCGCUUCUCGCAUUGCUAAAGAAGAGGGCUGGCUGGCCGAACAUAUGCUUAUCCUGGGUGUCACUAACCCAGCUGGUCAGAAGAAGUACAUUGCAGCCGCAUUCCCAAGUGCUUGUGGAAAAACAAACCUGGCCAUGCUGUGUCCAGCACUGUCUGGAUGGAAGGUUGAAUGUGUGGGAGAUGACAUUGCCUGGAUGAAGUUUGACAAAGAAGGUAAUCUUAGAGCCAUCAACCCAGAGAAUGGCUUCUUUGGUGUUGCUCCAGGAACAUCCUCCAAAAGCAACCCUAAUGCAAUGGAAACCAUCUUUAGGAACACAAUAUUCACCAAUGUGGCAGAAACCAGUGACGGGGGAGUUUACUGGGAGGGCAUGGACGAGAAGCUGCCAGAGGGAGUGACCAUCACCUCAUGGAAGAACAAACCAUGGACACCAGAAGAAGGUGAACCUAGUGCCCAUCCCAACUCUCGAUUCUGCACUCCAGCUCGUCAGUGCCCCAUCAUUGAUCCACAAUGGGAAUCUCCUGAGGGUGUGCCCAUCGAGGCCAUCAUUUUUGGUGGACGCAGACCAGAGGGGGUGCCUCUGGUCUAUGAAAGCUUCAGUUGGGCACACGGAGUCUUUGUGGGCGCCACUAUGAGAUCUGAGGCAACGGCAGCUGCUGAACACAAAAACAAGGUCAUCAUGCAUGACCCUUUCGCCAUGCGUCCUUUCUUUGGCUACAACUUCGGUCAUUACCUGACCCACUGGCUAAGCAUGGAACAACGUCCCAACACUAAGCUUCCUAAGAUCUUUCAUGUCAAUUGGUUCCGCAAGAGUCCAUCUGGAAGAUUCCUCUGGCCUGGGUAUGGAGAGAACAUCCGAGUUCUCGAGUGGAUAUUUCACAGGUUGAACGGUGAGGCUGGGGCCAUGCCCUCUGCAGUGGGCUACGUCCCUGGUAGUGGCUCCCUGAACUUGAGUGGUCUAAAAGAGAGUGUUAAUCUAGAUGAGCUCUUUAACAUCUCUAGAGAUUUCUGGGAGAAAGAAGUUCAGGAUAUCAGGUUAUACUUUGAUCAUGAGGUUAAUAAUGAUUUGCCAAUAGAGAUAGAGAGGCAGCUAGAAAUGCUGUCGCAGAGAAUUAGACAGUUGUGAGAUAAAUUUGAAAUUUGAAACUGAAAUAUGGUUUGAAGACAAAGACUGAAGAAGAUGCCAAAAAAGUGAAACCUCGUCUGUACAAUAAUUUUAGAAAGUCUCAACAAUAAUCAAAAAAGUAGCUACUGCAGAAGGCAUUACUUUUAUAUUUAGUGCUUAGAAAUUCUGUUCUAUCCAUUAAAUGGGUAGAGUCAGAGAGAGAUGAGGGAAUAAAUAGGUUCAAAAGUUAAUUUUUCCCACCUGAUCUAUUAGUAAUGAUGUGAACUAAACAUUAUCAGGGCAAUAUAUUUAAAGUAUGAUGUGUUUGAAAAAAUGUAUUAUUUAACAUUCUAAGUUGUUUUUGUAUUCUCUCGACCUUUGUUGUUUGUAAAA